AUGAGAACAAAGAAGCCAUUUGGUGGAAUAUCAGUCUUAGUUCUAGGCGACUUCAAUCAAUUAAGACCAGUUGGUGAUAAAUACAUAUUUCAGUUUAAUAGUUCAUACAAUGCCUUAGUAGAUAGCCCAUUAUGGUCAUUAUUUGAAUUGUUUGAAUUAACAGAAAUUGUGAGACAAAAGGAUGAUAAGACUUUUGCCAUUGCAUUAAGUAAUAUAGCUAAAGGAACAAUGACAGAUGAAGAUAUUCAUCUGUUAAAGUCACGAAUUGUUUCUACUGAAAGUCUAGAAAUUGUUGAAGAUUCUAUAAGAAUAUUUAGAAGUAAUGCUGAAGUUGAUGCAUACAAUACAAAAGUAUUGGCUAGUCUUAACACCGAAGGUGCAACUGCCAAUGCAUAUGACUUCUGUAUAGGUGAUGGACUUGCAUCAUUGAAAGAAAAAGUGUUGAACAAUGUAAAGAAUCUGAAAAUAACUGAAACUUAUGGCUUACUACUUAGAAUCGAUUUGAAAGUGGGUGCUAAGUAUAUGUUGACAGUCAAUUCUGAUACUGAAGAUGGAUUAGUCAAUGGUGCUUGUGGAAAGUUAGUGAUGAUUGAUUACGGAAAACUUCAGAAAACUAAUGAAACAGUACCAUGUCGAAUAUGGAUUAAAUUCAAUGAAGAAAAAACUGGACGGAAAGCUAGAGCCAAUUUUCACAAUGUAAUGCGUAAUAGAAAUAUUGAUUCUAGUCUUACACCAAUUGAACCAGUAAUACGUCAAAUAAAUACGAAGUCAACAAACUUCAAAGUAGAACGCAAACAGUUUCCCAUAGUACCUUGUGAAGCUAUGACCAUAUACAAAAGUCAAGGUGGUACUUACGAGAAGGUUGUUGUCAAUUUGAAGAAGGGAAUGAUUAGAUCUGAAUUGUAUGUUGCUUGUAGUGGUGCAACAAAAGCAAGUGGUUAG